GCUCGGCGGCGCCGCUCUCCCCACUCAGAGCCCCGCGGCGCGCGGGAGGUAACGCAGAGGAGGCCCGAGACUCGGCGGCGCAGGCCACUCCGGCUCAGCCCCGCUCGGACCCCAGACCCUGCGCCCGGACUCCGGGACACCCGCCUGACCGGUGUUUCCGCCGCAGUGCACACCUCCCAGAGGAGAAGAUGGAUUGGGGCACACUUCAGAGUAUUUUGGGGGGUGUCAACAAAUACUCCACCAGUAUUGGAAAGAUCUGGCUCACCGUCCUCUUCAUUUUUCGCAUUAUGAUUCUUGUCGUGGCCGCAAAGGAAGUUUGGGGAGAUGAGCAAGCCGAUUUCAUCUGCAACACUCUCCAGCCUGGAUGCAAAAAUGUGUGCUACGAUCACUACUUCCCCAUCUCUCACAUCCGACUUUGGGCUCUUCAGCUGAUCUUUGUGUCCACACCGGCUCUCUUGGUGGCCAUGCAUGUGGCUUACCAAAGACAUGAGAAGAAAAGGAAGUUCAUCAAGGGAGAGAUAAAGAGUGAAUUUAAGGACCUAGAAGAGGUCAAAAACCAAAAGGUCCGCAUCGAAGGGUCGCUGUGGUGGACCUACACGAGUAGCAUCUUCUUCCGGGUCAUCUUUGAGGCUGCCUUCAUGUAUGUCUUCUACAUCAUGUACGACGGCUUUGCCAUGCAGCGUCUGGUGAAAUGCAGUGCAUGGCCUUGUCCCAACACGGUGGACUGCUUCGUUUCCAGGCCCACGGAAAAGACUGUGUUUACAGUUUUCAUGAUUGCUGUGUCUGGAAUUUGCAUACUGCUAAAUGUCACUGAGUUGUGUUAUUUGAUAAUUAGAUAUUGUUCUGGAAAGUCAAGAAAACCAGUUUAACACAUUGCCCAGCUAUGAGAUGAAAGAUAGCAUGAAAAGAGUGAGGUAACCUCUGCUUAGUUGCCUAGGUACAGUCACCAGUAUUUCCCAAGAAAAAGAUGCAGAUCGUAAAUGCAACCACUUGAAACCCCUACAGAGCUCCCAGGAAACUCCUAAUGCCUCCAUUGGAGCUCUGCUCUCUGGAAGCUUCCAAACAAAGGCUUAUGUCCAUGCCGAGAUUAAUUUUUACUAGAGUUAGUUCCAGUGAAACUCCAUGCUGGUAGGGGUUAUUGUAGGAUACUUUCAGAUUUUAAACAAAGGAUAAAAGCAUGUGUUUCUCUUUAUCUGAGGAAAGGCGAGAGCUCCACGUUCUAAAGAGGAUGUUGAUAAGACUUGGUUUUUCCUCGUGGGGUUCCCUUUGCCAGUUUUCCCAAAUUAAAGGUAAACAGAGAGAAUCUUGGUUCUUUUAUUUGCUUUGCAAGUUUUAAUGCCUAACAAUGGACAGAGUUACCUAAUGCUUCAAGCUCUCUUAUACUUUUUUUUUUAGUGAAAACUUUAAAAUAAGGUAUGUUCUUUGGAUCUACAAGAUGUUCUGGGAACCAUUACAUGUUUUUCCUAUUCACAGGCUCAGACAGUAAAUGGGGUGUGAUUCGAUACUAUAAUUUAAUUUAAAAUAUGGCCUUUGGGUUAUGAAUAAUUUGAGGUAUACUGUGAGGCUCCCCAUUGUACCAGCUGUUCUACGUAGUGUAUAAAAACAUUUGGCCUCUCUCCACUGUAUAUCUCAUUUGAACCCAAAACCGAAGUUCUUAGUGAUAGCUAAUGAUAACAGAUAGCCUCGUUUUAAAAAUUGUAGGUGUAAUUUUGCAUAAAAAACACAGGAGGACCCCAUAUUUAGAGCAGGUUGCUUGGGAAUAUUUUAUUGCCACAGUACACAUUAAUGGUUCAGAACAAAAUGUGGGAGGGAUGUCACUUUUUUUGGUGGAACAGACUGGACUCGACAUUCUGAUAAUUAAAGAUGAGUUUAGUCUACUUUAAAAAAGUUUGUUUGCUUCCAUUUGUGAGAGUGUCCAAUUGUUUUAAGUGAAAAUAGAAUUAAUAGAUAGUUUGAAAACAAUAGGAACUAAGGUUUAGAUAAAUGUUUAGCAGUUCAAUAGGACAAAGUUCAAUAGGAUAAACAGGACUUGAUAUUACCGUGAUGCUUGACAUGUUUUCCAGAAACUGCUACUUGACCUACUUCAAUGAGAGUAAACAUUUUCCUGUUACUGAGAAUAGCAUUGUAAAAACAUUUUGUAAGAAUAA